AUGUGGGCCGUUGCUCUUGUUCUUUGUUUGGGAAAUAUUCUCAUCGGAGGUGAAGCCAGUGAUCAGCAUUCAGAACCCUUCCCUGUAAUUGAACCUUCUGAAACGGCCUCCCCUGGUCUUUUAAUACUGGAAAAACAGAAACCCAACAGCUCGAUUCAUCCACCCCAAGUAGCAGGACCAAAAACACCACACCCUCCUAUGUGCCUUGAGUCAGCUGGAAUCCGAGGCGCCUUCAAAUAUGUCAAUACUGUGGUCUCUGUUGUUGUUUUUGCUGUCGGAAUAGUGGGAAAUACAGCCCUGCUGAAAAUCAUAUAUGUAAACAAAUGCAUGAGAAGUGGGCCGAACAUUCUCAUCGCCAGUCUUGCCGUCGGGGAUCUAAUCCACAUUGUGAUAGACAUUCCAAUCAACGCAUACAGGCUCAUGGCAGAAGAUUGGCCAUUUGGUUUGGUGCUGUGCAAACUCGUCCCCUUCAUACAGAAAACCUCUGUUGGAAUCACUGUGUUGAGCUUGUGUGCUCUAAGUGUUGACAGAUACCGAGCUGUAGUAUCCUGGAAUCGAAUCAAAGGCAUCGGGGUUCCAGUGUGGACAGCAAUCGAAAUAACUCUGAUAUGGGUUAUUUCUAUCCUGCUGGCUGUGCCUGAAGUUGUCGGCUUUGAUAUGAUAACAAUGGACUUUAAAGACAAGCAUCUGAGAAUAUGUCUGCUUCAUCCCAUGCAAAACACACCAUUCAUGCAGUUUUAUAAAUCAGUAAAGGACUGGUGGCUCUUUGGCUUCUACUUUUGCAUGCCGCUGGCUUGGACCGCCGUCUUCUACGCUCUCAUGACCAGGAAAAUGCUGAAGAAUACUGAGAAUACGUUAAGCGACCACACAAAGCAGAGACGAGAAGUUGCAAAAACAGUCUUCUGCCUGGUGAUUGUGUUUGCACUUUGUUGGUUGCCUCUGUAUCUGAGCAGAAUCUUGAAAUUAACCAUGUAUGAUGAGAAAGAUCCUAAAAGGUGUCAGCUACUGAGUGCCUUUCUGGUCAUGGACUAUUUUGGCAUUAAUAUGGCAGCACUCAACUCCUGCAUCAACCCGAUCGCGUUGUACAUAGUCAGCAUGAGAUUUAAAAAAUGUUUCAAGGCAUGUCUGUGCAGUAGGUGUCUACCUUUUCAAGCUGUUACCCAUGACGAGGUGCAGUCUGUUUUGAAGUCCAGAACGCAGGAUCAAGCCUCAGAGCAGAGCUGCAACAUCAAAGCUCAGCAGCCGACUUCCACACCUCUACCUGAGCAGGAGAACACCUUACUGUGUUAA